AUGGAGGAACGGAAGUGGAUCUCGGUGUCGGCCUCUCUUGAAGUGCCCACAUCAUCAGCCAAUCAUUCAACCAUUCCAUUCACGCCCACCUUUUCUCAAUCUAUAGAAUCCCAAGUGCCGCUGAAGAAACAAUUGCUAAAAGUGAAAUCGAUCGACUACUCGCAAUCACCGGUGAAACGAGUCCUCAUCGUUGAACACCGCGCCGCCUCGUUGGAUGCUCGGCAUCAUCCGUUUGAAGACAAAUCGUUAGACGAAGGAGGAGAAAACCAAAUAACAACGGUGACAGAGGAAAUCGGAUCAGAAAAGCCGAGAAAGUGCUCAAGAAAGAAGCGGGGACCAAGAAGGGCGGAUGGGGCCAGG